GAUUGAUUUUCUUAUUUCCUUCAGGUUUUGUUCGAGUUCUGGUGUUCUGGCCAAUUUUCUCAGUUUGUUCUGCCUCUUUUUUCCCUAACAUGGUCGCCACUAGUAAUGAGUUACAUGAGAAAUGACAGAAUUAGCUGGUUGUUAUAAUGCCUUUUAGGUAUUACAUUUUUUCAGCAAUAGCUUCUGGCCCUUGCAAAUGGUGAUUGUAUUAAGGACAAGCAAUGGAGUAGAAACUCAUUUGUGGUGGAUAUGGAUAAAAAGCUUGCAGUAGAGAAUCUUUAAGAAGAGUUAUUUGCAUAUCAUGGGUCUACUAUUGUUACAUUUCUCAGAUGGAGGAACAGCUUCAAAACUCUCCAAAACUAGGCUCUCCCACUGAAAAUGAUGAUCUGAAGUACGUCUCCGGGCUUAGUACCAUACUGGUUGCCACAAUUCAGGAAGCAAAAGACAGAAUCUCUCAAAUUGAAUACAUAUUCUGCAGUCAGCUCUACCCAAAUUUCCAAUCAAAAACUAAACUCAUGCAGAAAGUUUCUGAGGCCAGAGACAGAGCGCUGUACAUUUCUCAGCACAAACGACAUCAAAAACCGAAACCAAAAGUUCUGCAGAGAGAGAGAGAGACAGAGCGCUGUACGUCUCCGGGCUUAGUACCAUACUGGUUACCACAAUUCAGGAAGCAAAAGACAGAAUCUCUCAAAUUGAAUACAUAUUUCUACCCAAAUUUCCAAUCAAAAACUAAACUCGUGCAGAAAGUUUCUGAGGCCAGGAGAGCAGCAGAUAUUGAAUGGAAAGAGAAGGAGAGUGAUCUCUUAUUCCAAAUAGAAAGACUCAACCUUGAAAAGCAACAAACACUUGAGGAGAACCAGUCUCUGAAGCUUGAGAAAGCAAGGAGUGCAAAGGAACAAGAAGACAAGAAUUGUGAAUUACUAGCCAGAUUAGAAAGUAAGCAACGUAAAGUCGAAAAGCUGGAAUUGAACCUUCAACAGAAAUCCAAGGAAGUUGAUGAGGGAAUGAAAUUGCGAAAUAGCUUACUCGAGUUGAUUCAGUUGAAAGCCUCUGAGACUGUCAACAAAGAAAAACAACUGAAAGAGUAUGAAGAAAAGACGGAUGUUCUUCUUUCAGAACUGCAUCACCUGGAGAAAAAGGUUGAUGAGCUCCAAGAGGAGCUCAGACAAAAGAUUGGAGAAGUAGACAAAGGAAAUGAAAUAAAAGCAAACUUAUUCAGGAAGAUUGAAUCACAAGCUUUAGAGAUAUUGAAUAAUGAGCAGCUGUUGCGUGAUCAAGAAACGGAGAAAAAAGUACUUGCAGGUAAACUGGAAUGUUUGGAAGGAGCAGUUUGUAAUCUCUAAAAAGAACUCGAGGAAAAGUCUGAAGAAGUUGAGGGAAGGAGGCCGCAAAAUCAUUUACAUCAGAAAACAAAUUCUAAUGGGUUUGAAAGGUUGAAGACACUGGAGGAGAGUGAGAAAGAGAAAAAACUGCUUCCGGAGAAAAUAAACGGCUUGGAGGAGAAAGUUAAUGAACUUCAGGCGGAUCUCAGAAGUAGGAAAAAUGAGAUGACUAAAGCAAGCGAUUCGUACAAGAAGUCACUUGAACAGAUUGAAUUAAAAACAGCUGAGUUACUAGUUGAGAAGAAGAAAAGGAGGGAUGUCAUUAAUGCUUACAAAACGCUUAAAUCACAAUACAAUUAUCUGUGUGGAAAGUUGGGUUUUACUAAGGAGAGUGUGCUUUCCCCACAGAAAUUACAAGAUGAACCUGAUUCUUUGAAUCAUAGUUGGAAUCAAAUAAGUUCACCGGAUCUUGAAGGCAAAUGUCAAGACACUUCUCUAACUGCAUGUGACGGCGACAAAGUGAAGAAAAUCACUACUAACAAUGAUUUGGAGCAAAAAUGGGAAUGAGGUAGUUCAAGACUUGAGCUCCAUCGAUGUGAUAAUUCAUUGGUUCCAUCGAUGCGAGAUUGUGCGAAGCUCAAUGUGGAUGCUGCAUUCGGGGCUGGUCAAGCGGGCAUUAGUUGUGUUGCUAGAGAUGAUAAAGGUCAGGUCCAUAGUGUUGCAGUUCAGGUUAUAGAACUGGCUUUCGUGCAUGCUAAAUGCCAACUUUUUGGGUGGAAUCUGAUGCAAAGAUGGCAGUUGGUGUUUUGGUCUUGGCUCACCCACCAAUCAGCGGAUGGUUCAUCCAACUUUUUUUUAUAAGUUUUUAACAAUGGCUGCUCGAGCUCUUGUUUAAUGUUAACCUGGACUCAUAGGUCUAGUAAUGCAGCAGCUCAUGAGGCUUCAC